UUUCGAUUUGAUUCGAGCCCCUCCCACUGUCAGCUAGAAAAAAACAAGCCCUGAACAAGCAUUGAACAAGCUACCAAGCAGACUGCAAGACUGCAUCAGUCACACAGAGAAUGGCUGAUGACAACCAGUCAUGUGAUACUCCCCUGCACACUGCUGCAAGCUGUGGGGACUCAGAUGAGGUCAGAGAGUUGUUGAAAACAAAGCAAUAUGAAGUAGACGUCAGAAACUCACACAACCAAACAUCUCUUCAUUUUGCAUGUGCUACUAACGGUCAUCUCGAUACGGUUUGGACACUAGCCAAUGACUUUGGUGCUGACAUAGGAGCUAUUGAUAAUGGCGGUAAUACACCAUUGCUUUUUGCUGCUAAGAAUAAACAUGUGCAAAUAAUUAUCAUGUUGGUUCUAUUAUCAGUGUGUGGCAGACAACUCUGCAAUGGAAUAAGACUGCCAUGCUCCUUCAGUCGUAGUCGGAUUGAUUCUCAUCAUGUUAAAAUCUUUGAGGAUGUUCUUUUUGAGUAUUACAAUGAUUCUGAGAAAAAUAUGGUAAUGAUAUCGAGAUUUUUUCUCGAUUAUAUCGAAUUUAAAGACUAUAAGGAUGAAGGCUUUGUUACAUUGCUUGUAGCUGCAUCACUUGGUCUCAAAGACUUGAUUGAUCGGUUAGUUAAAGCGAAAAAAGCAGAACUUAAAAAGAAAGGUUUCCGUGGCUUGUCUAUUCUCCACUGUGCCUGUUUCGGAGGACAUAUUCUGCUCUUGGAAACUCUUAUUUCAAAAUAUGGUAUUGACCCUUUGUUAAAAGAUAAAAUGGGGUGCUCUGGUUUGUAUUAUGCUGCAACAGGGGGGAUUCCCUAUUCAAACUACGAUGGCCAUAGAGAAGUGAUAGACAAACUAGUGUUAACAUAUGGUCUCAAUUCUGCAGAUGAAAAAAGCACACCUUUACAUAGGGCAGCAAUUAUGGGAUAUAUUGAAAUAGUGAGACACCUAAUUGUUCGUUACAAGGUGAAAGUUGAUUGUACGGACAAUAGCAACAACACUCCAUCGAUGUUGGCUGUGCUAAACGGCCAUAUGACUGUUUUGGAUGUGCUAGUCAAAGAAUUCAGCAGCAAUUGUCAUAUCCGAGGUUUCAAUGGUUUUACGCUCCUUCACUAUGCAUGCGAACAAGGCCACAUAGAAUUGAUAGACAAACUGGUGAUGGAAUAUGGCCUCAAUCUCGCAGAUAGAGAUGAUAGUGGAAACACACCUCUGCAUGUUGCAGCCAUGAGAGGACAUGUUAAAACAAUGAGACAUUUUAUCAGUGGGCACAGUGCUGAUAUUGAAUGCACUAAUAAUCAGAACAAUACACCAUUGAUACUAGCUGCACUGAAUGGUCAUACAGAUGUUUUGGAUGCGUUAAUCAAGGAAUUCAACAGCAGUUGCCAAGUCCGAGGAUACAAUGGUUAUACUCUCCUUCACUAUGCAUGUUAUGGUGCAGGCCAUAUAGAACUGAUAGACAAGCUGGUAUUGGAAUAUGGCCUCGACCUCGCAGAUAGAGAUGAUAAUGGAAACACACCUCUACAUAUUGCAGCCUGGAGAGGACAUGUUGAAGCAGUGAGACACUUGAUCAAUAAACACAGAGCUGAUAUCAAUUGCACUAAUAAUCGGAGUGAUACACCAUUGAUGCUAGCUGCGCUGAAUGGUCAAAUACAAGUUUUCGAUGCGUUAGUCAAAGAAUUCAACAACAGUUGUCAAGUCCGAGGUCAUCAUGGAUGCACUCUCCUUCACCAUGCAUGUGAUGGUGGCCAUAUUAAACUUAUAGACAAACUGGUGAUGGAAUAUGGCCUUGAUCUUGCAGAUAGAGAUGAUGAUGGAAACACACCUCUACAUAUUGCAGCCUGGAGAGGACAUGUUGAAGCAGUGAGACACCUAAUCAGUAAACACAGAGCUGAUAUCAAUUGUACUAAUAACCAGAACAAUACACCAUUGAUGCUAUCUGCGCUGAAUGGUCAAACACAAGUUUUAGAUUCGUUAGUCAAAGAAUUCAACAACAGUUGUCAAGUCCGAGGUCAUCAUGGAUGCACUCUCCUUCACCAAGCAUGCGAUGGUGGCCAUAUUAAACUUAUAGACAAACUGGUGAUGGAAUAUGGCCUUGAUCUUGCAGGUAGAGAUGAUGAUGGAAACACACCUCUACAUAUUGCAGCCUGGACAGGACAUGUUGAAACAGUGAGACACCUGAUCAGUAAGUACAGUGCUGAUAUUGAUUGCACUAAUAAUAAUAACAAUACUCCAUUGAUGCUAGCUGUGAUGAAUGGUCAUGUACAUGUUUUGGAUGCGUUAGUCAAAGAAUUCAACAGCAAUUGUCAUGUCCGAGGAUGCAAUGGUUAUACUCUAAUUCAUCAAGCACGUCAUAGUGGCCAUAUAGAACUGAUAGACAAACUGGUAUUGGAAUAUGGCCUCGAUCCCGCAGAUAGAGAUAAUUAUGGAAACACACCUCUACAUAUUGCAGCAUUGUACAGACAUGUUGAAGCAGUGAGACACCUGAUCAAUAAGCACAAUGCUGAUAUUAAUAGCCUUAACAAUCAAAAUGCUACUCCUUUGAUGGCAGCUACGCUGGCUGGUAAUACACAUGUGUUUGAUGCGUUAGUCAACGAAUUCAACAGCAGUUGUCAUGUCCGAGGACGCGAUGGUCGCGCUCUCUUUCACUAUGCAUGCAAUGGUGGUCAUAUAGAACUGAUAGACAAACUGGUGAUGGAAUAUGGCCUCGAUCCCGCAGAUAGAGAUAACAAUGGAGACACACCUCUACAUAUUGCAGCCAUGGCAGGACAUGUUGAAACAGUGAGACACCUUAUCAUUAACCACAGUGCUGAUAUUGAUUGCACUAAUAAUAAUAACAAUACACCAUUGAUGCAAGCUGCGCUGAUUGGUAAUACAGAUGUUUUGGAUGCUUUAUUCAAAGAAUUCAACAGCAGUUGUCAUGUCAGAGGGUGGAAUGGCCGAACUCUCCUUCACAAAGCAUGUGAUGGUGGUCAUAUAGAAGUAAUAAACAAACUGGUGAUAGAAUGUGCCCUCGAUUCUGCAGGUAGAGAUGAUAAUGGAAACACACCUCUACAUAUUGCAGCCUGUGCAGGACGUGUUGAAACAGUCAGACACCUGAUUGCUCAACACAAAAUCGAUAUCAAUGUCACUAACGAUACAAACUCUACCCCAUUGUGUUUAGCAGCUGCAAAUGGCCAUGAAGUUGUGAUUCAUGCCAUGAUUAAAGAGUUCGAUUGCAGUUCACAUGUCAGAGGAUAUAAUGGUCAAACUCUGCUUCAUUAUGCAGCCAAGAAUGGUCACAUAAAACUAUUGAAUAAACUGGUUGCUGAACAUAAGGUGGAUCCAUCAAUUAGAGACUACGAUGGGAACACACCUCUGCAUAUUUUGUGUUGUACACCUCAUAUUGAAGAAGAGAAAUUAAGAACAAUCCUUUGCAAGUUCCAGUACUGGACAGUGUUUCAAGUAAAUAAUAAUGGCAACACACCUCUUCACACAGCAACAAUAUAUGGGCAAGCUCAUUGUGCACGCUUACUAUUGCAGAAAUACAAUGCUCCACUAUUUGUUCGAAAUAAGGAUGGCAAGACCGCCCUUGAUUUAGCUAAACUUCAGAGAAGCCAUGAAAUUGUUGCAAUUUUCAAAAACCAUAAUUCAGAAAUACAAUCAACCUACCGGCAACUAGCUAAACUUGCUCAACAAGAGUUUGGGGGUGAAAAGAACCUCACCAGAAUAUUUGUUGUAGGUCAUGCCGGUGCAGGGAAAUCCACGCUUGUUGAGACUAUCAAAAAAGAAGGAUUUUUCAACCUUUUCAGCACAUCAACUGUAGCACCUCACACUGCAGGCAUUAUUCCAAGUACUUAUGACAGUAGUGCUUAUGGAAGAAUGAUACUCUAUGAUUUGCAGGUGAUUCCGAGUACUACUCCUCACAUGCUGCAAUUAUGGAGUCAAUCAACACAUCGAAAGGAAGUAAUAUUUAUUUGAUACUUUGUGACUUGAGUAAAGGCGAAGAAGCUGCUGUCACUAAAUACAGCUACUGGCUUUCAUUUCUAUCAUACAAUAUUACGCAAUUCUCAAACACAAUUAUCUUACCAGUGGGAAGCCAUGCUGAUGUAAUUAACAAAGUGUUAAUUAAACAAACUUUAUGUGUGCUUGACAGCGUAUCCCAAACUUUCUGUAGCAGCUCCAAGAAUGAUGAUUUACACAUAGAACAAAGUGUUGCUCUUGAUUGUCGUAAACGAGGGACUGUAGUAAAUGACAUAAAGGAACUCGCAAAUAAAUUAUCCAAAUUAGUAUCCCCCAUCGGACUUUCACCGGAGACAAGCACUCUCUUGGGAUUGUUGAAAAAAGACUUUGAACACGUUCCAGCUUGCAAAUUAAACCUCCUUAUCUCUCACAUUGAAGAGACUGGACUUCCACUGCCACUAACUUCUUCAUCACUCUACAAUCUCAUAAGAGAGUUACAUGAUUUGGGUCUGCUAAUGGUGAUAGAGAGAGAAGGGGAUUCCAUUGAGAACCACAUAAUCAUUCUCAAGAUAUCAACAUUCACAUCAGAUGUACACAAUAAACUGUUUUCAAAGUCUGCUAAAGCGGACCUCACGAAGCCCAUCGAUCAACUGAAGCUCAGCGUAGGCAUUAUUCCAGAAUUAUUACUGGAGAGAGUGCUACCAGAUUACAUCACAAAAGAAAGUUUACUUAAACUGCAGUACUGUCAUGAAAUCGAGAAUUUUAACGUGGAAGAGGACCACACUCUUUCUCAAAUCACUUCUGAGACACCACCAACAGAAAGUGCCGCUAAACAGAAAUCUCAUCUAUUUUUCCCUGCUCUAUGUGAUCUCAAGCUUGAGGAAAUUCAAUGGCCAAAAUCAGAAGGUGAUAAGAUUACUUUGGGAUGGUGUGCUAAAUGUGAUAGUGACAGAUUUGGGAAGAGAUUUGACUUCUUCCCAACACGAUUUCUACAUGUGCUUAUCGUUCAUCUCUCUCACAACUUUGCAUUAAAGCAAGACCUACCAAGAAGCCACAUACUCUCAACUACAACUUCGAAUUCUUUGAUCGCAGAGGUAUAUGCUGCUAAUCCUCGCUGUCGUGUCUGGUCGACUGGUCUGCAUUGGCUUAUGAAGAAUGGAGUGGAGGUUUUUGUCGAUAUGCCUAAAGAUGCAGAUAGUAAAGAGUUGAUUGUACUAACAAGGAGUGACGUCCAAAAUCAAGUCAAAUGUUCCAAAACUCUGCAACUAGUUAUUCAAAAGGUCGUUCAAGCAAAAAUAGAGUUCUGUGCUGGUAUAGUGCCUACUGUUUACCUUCUUGAUCCAAACAACCUCAAGGAUGAACCUUUUACGAAUGCUAGAAACGCACCUAAAUAUGCUCUUAGAGAUAUCGAAGAAGCAUUAGCAGAAGGCACUGAGCGAGUCAUGGAUAAAGAAGGACAAUGCUUCUCCUCUCCGAUCAAAGAUUGGAUCUGCCCAACAAGUUGGGCCAUAUCUUACUUGAAAUUGUUGUUUCCGAUGGAUACCUUCUUGGUUCGCUCUGCUUUGAAAGGAGUAUUAGGUGCUCAAUGGAAACUGCUAGGACUAAAUCUUUUAAUCCCUUGGAUCGAACUAGAUGACAUCGACAAUGAAGCAACCUUUCCUGGUGGCAUUGCUAAGAAAGAAGAAGUAAUUCGACUGUGGUUGUCUCAGGAACCAACCUGGAAAAUUUUGGCAGAGGCUCUCAGUCAACCUUCAAUUGGAUUGUCCCAGAAAGCAAAUCAAAUCUCACAAGAACACAAUGUGCCUCUACAAGAGAAAAUAUUGAAAAGCAAUUCAUCCCUCCGUCCUGACGAGGACUUUCUUCAAUCUUUUGCUGCCAUUAUUGGCUCUCGUUGGCAGUGUCUUGCUUCUCCCCUCUCCCUCACUUUUAAAGACAUUGUGAGCAUCAAGAGAGAGACAAGAGGAGCAGAGCCGACCAGACAAGCACUUGUCCUGCUACAGAAGUGGGCAGCCAGGGAGACGGCAACUUAUGGUGAGUUGAGAGAGAAACUCCGUAUACUCUCAGUGUUUCAUAUCUGAAAACUUUUGUAUCAUGCCAAUGAACAAGUAAAUGUGUAGCUACGUUAGAUUGCACCUGUAUUGUUAUAUAUAUAUACGUCACCGUGUUUGUGUUACUGAACUUCAGAACUCAACUUUGUCACCGACUUAAUUACAUAAAUUUUCAAUUGCUAUUUUAAUAUUUGCAUUGGCACCAUAAUUAUACAUCCAGCACUAUGUUUGUAAGUCACUUAUUAGUCAAUUAGAGUUUUGACCAGUUUUUGUACUUAGCUAUAAUUAUAGUUUGCGCAACCAUUUGCCACUUGAAAGUGUAAAAAAAGACAAACUUCCUAUAGCCUAUACAUUGUCAUGACAUUGUGUUUGUAUCCAUCAUAUGGCAUAUAGUUUGUCAAGCAAUAAUACUCAAUGCUGUAUGACAUUAUUCAUUUGCAUGCAGAUCUCGUGAGUCUUUA